UUUUUUCCUCCCUUAACCCAGCCUGUGAAGCCGAUGCCUUAAGGGUUCAUACGGUCCUCAGACCGUGUCAGCCUUUAAUCCAACAACAACAACAAACAACUCCAAUAAAAUGUCUUUCGUUACAGACAUCCAGUUAAUGAUGCAUGGUUUUGGUGACUGCCGGCGACCACUGCCCGAGACUGCAGCGGUUAUUGAGUCCAUAGUUCAUCAGCAGAUGACACUCUUCUUGCAUCUGGCGACAGAUAUUGCGGAACAAAGAGGUACAAGAAUUGUGGGUCCAGAAGACAUCUUGUUUGUGAUGCGUCGAGAUCCACUGAAACUUCAGCGUCUAGUUCAUUAUAUGGGAGUUCGUGAUCUGUAUCAACGCACUCGAACAAGCACUUCAGGCUCGUCAUCAGGUGACAUUCAAGAUUUGAAUUGUGAAGCAGGUGGAGAAGUAUCUCGUAAGAAGCUCUGUAUUAAUUUCUUGCAGACAAUUGAUCAAACAGGAAUGUAUGAACCCAUAUAUUCAUCAUCUCUCUACGAUCCUGUCAAGGCUGACAGAGCUGUACGCUUGGACUCAAUGACUCAGGGCAUGUCCUGCCAGAGAUACAAGGAGUACUGUGAAGCAAGGAAAGCUUCUUUCUGUCCUCGUCUCAGAGUCAACAAGUUCCGAGAGUGGCUCCUUGGAGAUGAAAGUAAUGAAGUUAAGCUUACUCAGCUGGUAUUGGAGAUGCUCAACCGGGUUGAAAUUAGUUGUCAAUUGUUCUACAUUAUCUCUAUUAGUAAUACAGUUGUAAAUUGUUUUGUUCAGAGUGGCUCACUACAAGAGAUUGGAUCUGGAGAUGAUCAUAGCAUAGGAAUGGAUCCCAUAACGCCUGCAGAGGUACGAGAGGCUGUGAGACGCUACUGGGCCAAUAACUCUCCUCUUGGGCCCUUGUCAAAAGUCAGGUCAUCUAUAAAUACCAGACUGCUUGCUGCCUAAAGAUGCUGUAUCUUCUGGAAACAAAGGAGAGAAGCAGCUGGCUCCACCACAACAAGAACCGGUCUUAUAUAUUUCAACAACAUUAUAUAAAUUCUUCUUACAAAAAUAACUAUGUAAUACUUAUGCCAAGAGUAAGCAUAAUUCUGAAGUAAAUGGCAUAGUUGCAGUGGAAACUUUUUAUUCACCACAGUAAUACAGGCAAAAAUCUUCUUGUUCAUAAAGCUAUCCAGUCUGUCUCAGUGAUAUUAACUCUACAUUCUUGGUAUUAGCACCUUGUUCUUGGUAUAUACUCCAUGUUCUUGAUAUUUACUGUAUUUUCCAGCAUAUAAGGUAUGCCUUUGAUCCCCACAAAAAGUCUUGGAAAAUCAGUCUGUGCUUUAUAUGGUCAAGGUCAAGGUAAGUCGGGAUUACACUGUAGCAUAAAGUAAAAGGGUCACUAGCCCUUGAAUAUGAUUAUUGAUUUACUGUUAUGAUACUUGUUUCGUGUGCCUCAUAUGCCAGAAAAUACGGUCCUCCAUGUUCUUGGUAUUUACACUACAUUCUUGGUAUCUACCCCACAUUCUUGGUAUCUACCCCACGUUCUUGGUAUCUAUUCCACGUUCUUGGUAUCUACUCCACAUUCUUGAUAUUUACUCCACAUUCUUGAUAUUUACUCCACAUUCUUGGUAUUUACUCCACAUUCUUGGUAUCUACUCCACGUUCUUGGUAUCUACUCCACGUUCUUGGUAUCUACUCCAUGUUCUUGGUAUCUACUCCAUGUUCUUGGUAUCUACUCCACAUUCUUGGUAUCUACUCCACAUUCUUGGUAUUUACUCCACAUUCUUGGUAUCUACUCCACGUUCUUGGUAUCUACUCCACGUUCUUGGUAUCUACUCCACGUUCUUGGUAUCUACUCCAUGUUCUUGGUAUCUACUCCAUGUUCUUGGUAUCUACCCCACGUUCUUGGUAUCUACUCCAUGUUCUUGGUAUAUAUUCCACAUUCUUGGUAUUUACACUACAUUCUUGGUAUUUCCUCCACGUUCUUGGUGUUUACACAAUGUUCUCAGUAUUCACUCCACGUUCUUGGUAUUUAUAUUACAUUCUUGGUAUUUGUUCCAUGUUCUUGGUAUUUACACAGCAUUCUUGAUAUUUACACUGUUCUUGAUAUUUACACUGUUCUUGAUAUUUACACUGUUCUUGGUAUUUACACUGUUCUUGAUAUUUACACUGUUCU